UUCAAAGUUCAACCCGACGACGUUUCAACUUCAUGCUUCUUGAAUGCAUCCUGAUAUUCACUCUUGACGCAGUUGCAUAACCGUUUUGAACGCAGCCUUGUUGCUUGGGGAUAUCGCGAAGGGGGGGGGGAGGUGUCUCCCACUACCUAAGUUUUUUUUGUGCGCAGUUGAAUCUGCGCAACCGACCACGUGAUUGCUUUGGCAGCAGCUUCGUGUUUACAUACAUACAGUAUACGUUGUUAUGUCAGUUAUGUCGUUAUGUGGAGUUUAGCCGUUUGCAAACACUACCUAGUACCUUCUGAUUUAUUUUUAGUUGCAUGCUUAUAGGCGUACCUAUAAUUUUUUAUUUCAAAAUAAGAGUAUGUCUUCAAGAAAUGUGAACAAAACAAUAAUAGAAAAAUAAUUUUUUAAUUGCGAAAGAAAUAUAAAAAAUUGCUUUAAUAUUAAGAUUGUAAAAUGUAAAAAAAAGCAGGCACAAAAUCAGAUAGUAGGUACAUGUAAAGGAUUUGGGAAAAAAAUAGAAAAAAGUGCCAAACGAAAUGCAAGGAAAGAGAGGUGGCUCAAGUCUUAACACAGCUAGCUUAACGAUGCGUGCUAGCAGUGGUAAUAUGGGAUCGGACAGUGACAUGAAGCUGGAGCCGUCCAGUCCUACAGAGAAGUACACUUUUUCCCGUUGUAGUAGUACAGGAUCGGUUAACACGCCGUCUUCAUCCGCUCAUAAUACAGAGGAUGAAGAUAGCGAUAACAAGAAUUCCACUAUAAGCUACAAAGAGCGUAGGAGAGAGGCACACACGCAGGCUGAGCAGAAGAGGCGGGACGCUAUCAAGAAAGGUUACGAUUCUCUUCAGGAUUUGGUACCGACCUGCCAGCAUACGGACUCCUCGGGCUAUAAGAUUUCCAAGGCUACGGUGCUUCAAAAAUCUAUCGAUUACAUACAGUUUCUGUUGCAACAGAAGAAGAAGCAAGAGGACGAGCGUAAUGCACUGAGAAAGGAAGUCGUUGCGUUACGCAUUAUGCAGGCAAAUUACGAGCAGAUUGUCAAAGCACAGCAGACGCAGCCAGGACACACGGAAAUGCGUGUCUCGGACGAGAUGAAGUUUCGAGUGUUCGAGGCAAUAAUGAAUCGCCUUUUCGAAACGUUUAAUAUUUCUGUAGCUAACUUUACGGAAUUAUCUGGUUGCGUGUUCAGUUGGUUGGAGGAACAUUGUAAACCUCAGACUCUACGCCAAGUAGUACUCUCAGUACUACGAGAGUUCACAAUCGCUAACAAUCAAAUCAGCUAGUCAAGUCUGCAUCUUUGAGAAAGGUACUCGUUGCACAAUGUCCUUCAGAAGAAUUCGUUAGAUCCUUAUAUGUCUAUAAGAGGAAAAUUGACAUGACGUACUAUGUAACAUCUAGAUAUAAAAUCAAGUUUAUAAAACAAAGAGUAUAUAUAUCUCUUAGUUUUUUCAUUUGGUUGACGAUAGAGCAGGUUCUCAACAACCCAAAACAAGCGAAAUUGAAACAAGUUUGGAUUAAAAUGAGAAACAUUGAUGGUUUUCUGAUUGCAUUUUUAUUACUGCAAUGUUUAGUUUAUAUACAUACAAUCUUGAGAAAAUCUACGUAUUACUUUUAUGUAUACUUUUUUAAGUUUUGCGUGAGUUAUCUAAUAUAGAUAUCCUCCAGUUUGUGUAUAAUUAGCAUCUUGUUGUAGUUUGUGAAGAUACGUGUGAAAUGAUAAUCUUCCAUAAAUUGAGAUCUUCGGACGUUUAAUAAUAAGUUACCAAAAGAGACGUGCGUUGCAUGCAUCACAGUAUAAUGCAUGGGAAAUAUGAAUAAAAGUUUAUUUUAUAUACAUCCGAUAGGUACAAUAUAGUGUCAUUAUCAACAACUGAUGUCGAAUAUUUUUACCAAAUCUUAUUGCAACACUUUGCGAUAAACGAAUGGCAUAUAGUGUAUAUAUGUAUAUGCAUGUAAAUCUGAUUAUACAAAUAACAUAUAUGAAUAUACGUAUACACGAUCAAA